AUGACGAGCGGCUCUACGGCUUACAACCUCGAUGACAGUCGCACAAGUGUCUCCAUGAGCUUGCGACAUAGCCAGUCCGGCAGACCUUCUACGCCUCAACAUAACCUGCGUUCUAAUAAUUCCUCCUUCGCAAGCACCUCAUCGGCAAGCUCUUUGCGUGGGGAAGAGGAUGCGAUAGUCUUUGAAUUUGGCUCCAGAUGGCUUCGGGCUGGAUUUGAGGGCGACAGCACGCCUACGUGUGUGGUCGGGUGUGGGCCAGAAGACUCAAGGAGGGCUGGCGAUUAUAGAGGAUGGCUGAAAGGUAGCCUGAACGCGGAUACAUUACGCCCACAGUCAAUAAAAGCAGAAGAGUGGACGGGUGCAUAUGAAUUAUGGAAAAUGAACGUGCGUGAUGUUGACUUGGGUCUUGUUGAAGACAAAAUCGAGCGGAUGUUCCGAGAGACAUACAAUAAAUACCUCUUGACGGAUGCGGGAACGGCGAGAUUGGUACUCGUUCUUCCGUCAAUUAUGCCACACCCACUACUGUCUUCCGUCUUGUCGACACUGUUCAGCCGAUGGCGCUUUCCUAGUAUCACGCUCCUUCCGAGCCCCACAAUGGCGGUGGCUGCAGCUGGCUUGCGUUCAGCGUUGGUGGUAGACCUUGGAUGGGCGGAAACAACGGUAACUGGAAUAUAUGAGUACAGAGAGAUCUCUGCCAAGCGGAGUACAAGGGCCAUGAAGUCUUUACUUCAGGAAACAGGCAGAUUUUUCACUCGCCUGUCCUCGAACAGUAGCGGGGAUGCAGAUGAGAUCUCCGUGAAUUUUGAGUACUGUGAAGAAGUUGUUAGCCGGUUCCUGUGGUGUAAGCCUCAGGCAGGUGAUCAUGAAUUAUCUGCUUCGUCGCAAUUGACUGGCCUUCAAGAGGGAGACAAUGAGCUUACAGAAGAGGACUUCGCCGGUCUUUUGCACAAAACCGUGUCAAUCCCAUCUCCAUCAAACCCCAACUCGAACUACAUGGAUAUUCCCUUCUCUAAACUUUCAGAGCCUGUGGAAAAGGUCCUUUUUGCUAAAGGCGUAGCGGAUUGUGACUUGGAUGACGAAGAAAAGCCGGUUGCUUUGCUGGCGUACAACACGCUCCUACAAUUACCGCCCGAUGUCCGCGGCAUCUGUAUGUCACGGAUAGUGUUCGUCGGUGGAGGAGCUAACAUCCCUGGUGUCCGACAACGAGUCCUUGCUGAAGUAUCGUCCCUUAUUGAUCAAUAUGGCUGGAGUCCUGUACGUGGUAAAGUUAUUGAGCAACAAAGACAGAGGCUCCAAAAUUUGCGUUUCAGUGAGCGUCAGGCCUCGGUCGACAACGCUAACGACUCCACACCGCCGUCACCUAGAACGUCUGUGGGGAAGGGUGACCAAGAAAAACGGGAUAGUGAAGAAGAGGAGAUUGAUCCCGUCGAGGAGAAGCUCCACCGUACUAGAGACAAGGAUACCAAACCCGCGGUUCAAGGAGUUCUGCGCGAAGUCGAAUCUCUUGGACCUUGGGCUGGAGCUAGUCUUGUGGCGAGCCUUAAGAUAAGGUCUCUGGUAGAGAUUGAGCGGGAGAAGUUUCUUCAACAUGGCCUUGCUGGUGCUAGUCGUGACUUUGAUACCCAUGGCCAUGUCCCUGAUCGACGGUCAGGGCUACGAUCUGGUGGAGACCGGUCGAGCUGGACUCUAGCAGGAUGGGGAUGA